CUCUCUCCAUCCCUCCCUCCCUCUCUUUCUCUCUCUGUCAGUGUGAAGCUCCUCGUGUUCUGAUCCACUUGUUUGUGUAGGAUCUCGUCCACUCACAAUCUGAGACUCUAUGACGGUGCGGAGAGGAAAGAAGCUCAGCAUCUCCAUCCAGGAACACAUGGCCAUUGACGUCUGCCCCGGCCCCAUCAGACCCAUCCAGCAGAUCUCCGCCUACUUCCCCCGCCUGUCCCCCACCUCCCCCGUCCCCGUCCCCAUCUCCCCGAACCCCGCCCUGUUCCCCAUCCCGGCCUUCGCCUCCCCUCUGGCCCUCAGCCCGGGCCCCCUGGCCCCCGGGAUGGGCGGGGCUCACCUGCUGUCUCCUCUGCUGGCCCACGGCGGCCGGCAUGGCGGGGGCGGGUCCUCGUCUCUGACCGGCAGCGUGGACACGUCGGUGGAGAUCAACAGCUCCGACAGUGACGACUGCACUGCUCUGGGAACUCUGGAGUUCCAGCUGCGAUACGAGCAGAAGUCCAGUGAGCUGCACUGCACCGUGCUGCGGGCCAAGGGUCUGAAGCCGAUGGACUUCAACGGUUUGUCCGACCCGUACGUCAAACUGCACCUGCUGCCUGGAGCCUGCAAGGCCAACAAGCUGAAGACGAAGACGAUCCGGAAUUCUCUGAAUCCAGUGUGGAACGAAACGCUCACCUACGUCGGGAUCACAGAGGAAGACAUGCACAGGAAGACGCUCAGGUUGUCUGUGUGUGACGAGGACAAGUUGACUCAUAACGAGUUGAUUGGAGAAUCUCGUGUCCCUCUGAAGCGAGUGAAACACGACCAGACCAAACACUUCCACACCUGCCUGGAGCAUCCUCCUCCGAUCCCGUCUCCCACGGCCAUGGGCGAAGCUCUCCGAGGAAUAUCCUGCUACCUGAGAGAGUGGGAGAACGAGCAGCUGCACAGUCUGGAGGAGAGAGGUCGUCUGCUGCUGUCGCUGCAGUUUUUAUCUCCGCUCAGUCCGGACGAGAAAGACGUGGAGGGAGGAGGAGGAGGAGGAGGAGCAGGAGCAGGAGGAGCAGGAGGAGCAGGAGGACUCUGCGUGGGCGUGAAGCGCUGUGCUCACCUGGCAGCCAUGGACGUCAAUGGAUUCUCCGACCCCUACGUCAAAAUAUACCUGAAACCCGACAUACUGAAGACGUCCAAGCACAAAACAGCGGUGAUGAAGAAAACCCUGAACCCCGAGUUCAACGAGGAGUUCUUCUACGAGAUCUCUCUGUCGGAGCUGAGCAACAAGACGCUGGAGGUGACGGUGUGGGACUACGACCUGGGACGCUCCAACGACUUCAUCGGCGGCGUCUGUCUGAGCUGCCACUCGCAGGGCGACGCCCUCCGCCACUGGAUGGACUGUCUGAAGAACAAGGGCCGCAGGGUGGAGCGGUGGCACGUCCUGACCAAUGAGCUGCCACGAACCCUCUGCCACGACUGACCUCACCUGACGUCGGGGGUUUUCACGUGGUUCCUCCGGUUUCUUUUCCCAGACGGACUCGAGGCGACUCGGCCGCAGGAGUCAGCAGCUGCGGCAGCUCCAUGGUUUGUGCCUUCGUUAUUCCACAGCGAGUCGUCCAGAAGAAGAAGAAGCUUGUUGGCUCCAUCACACACACACACACACACACACACACACACACACACACACACAAGGGUUAGACCGACACACUGGACUUGGGUGGAACUCACAUGUGAAAGUGAAAUCACAGAAUUCUGACGUAAAUAAAUAUGCAUUUUAGUUUUUUUGUUUAUCGAAUUUCCUGUUUUGCUUCGAAGAAAAGUCAGGACCCAAAAAAAGGAAAUUGAUAAAUAUAUCUGGUGUCCUGACAGACAGCGCCCCCUGCCUCCGUCCACGUAGACCUACAAGUCUAUUCAAAUCACUGGAGCGUGAUCUUUGAUAAAACCCAGACGGUGGUUCUGCUCUGAAUGUUUUUCCGGACUCGUCCACCGUCUGGAUGAUGGAUGUGUUGUUCAACCUUCCAGGGUUUUUCAAAGAUCAACAAUCAGAAUCAUUUCAAUUUAAAUGUAUUUGCAUGAAGCAGCGACGUCGCCGGUCUCCAACAGUGAAGUGAAGUAAGUGAAGUUUUGCCAAAGCAUGUUGUAAAAGAUGUUUACAUGUGAGUAUAAUAAUUCUGAAUGUACGACAAACCUUGUACCGUCAGCAUGGACACGUCUUGUGUUGCACCUCGGCUUGUUCCAGGAACGAACCAGAGCGAAGCCCAGGAGAAGACCACAGUCGUCAUGUUCGUCACUUAGAACCAUUGAGCCGAAGCUCACGCGAUGACACCGGGAGGUAGAGUACGGUGGCCCAGAAGUGCAAAUCACGACGACAAAGAGGAAAACAACAAUGACAAGUUCCUCUCUGAUUGGACGUCACACGGACUUUUAACAGGAAAUACUUCUGGGUGAGGCAGAAACGUUGUUCUGUGUUCUGACGUUGUGAUUUACACUUCGGGGCCACGUCCGGAGUAGAGCCUCGGAUCUCAUGAUGCUGAUGAUCUGUAUCAGCUUCCCUGGAGGUUCAGCACUGACAGAAACGCUGACUCGGGCGACUUCACCUCCGCAGGCAGAUUCACUGACUCGUGAUCUUUUCCUUCUGAGGUCGGUGGUUGUGUCCGUCUGAUGGAUGGAGACACAGGAUCCACUCUCUCUCGCUCCUUGUCUCCAACAACAGUUCCACCCUUUUUGUUCCACAUCAGAAAAAACUAUAUAAGCUUACAGGCUGAGGCUAAAGCUAACAGGCUAAAGCUAAGAGACUGAGGCUAAAGCUAACAUGGUAAAGCUAACAGACUGAGGCUAAAGCUAAGAGACUGAGGCUAAAGCUAACAUGGUAAAGCUAACAGACGGAGGCUAAAGCUAAUAGGCUAAAGCUAACAGACUGAGGCUAAAGCUAACAGGCUAAAGCUAACAGACUGAGGCUCAAGCUAAUAGGCUAAAGCUAACAGACUGAGGCUAAAGCUAAGAGACUGAGGCUAAAGCUAACAUGGUAAAGCUAACAGACUGAGGCUCAAGCUAAUAGGCUAAAGCUAACAGACUGAGGCUAAAGCUAACAGGCUAAAGCUAACAGGCUGAGGCUAAAGCUAACAGGCUAAAGCUAAGAGACUGAGACUAAAGCUAACAUGGUAAAGCUAACAGACUGAGGUUCAAGCUAAUAGGCUAAAGCUAACAGACUGAGGCUAAAGCUAACAGGCUAAAGUUAACACGCUGAGGCUAAAGCUAACAGGUGCUAGUAAAUUAAACCAGCAUCGAUGGUCUAAUUAGCUAGAAGAAAGAAAAGUAUCUGCGUUUCUUUAACAGCAUAAUUUGUCCAUUCAGUGGACACACCUUUGUUUUUGUUUUCAAAAGGUUUAUUUCACUUUUGAUGUUACGUGAGACAAAAGCUUUUUGUAUGAAGACUUAAGCGAUGUGUUCGGGCUAACGUUAGCUUAAAGUCUGGUGGAAGUCCAAGACUAGCAAUAUAACACCCAUGCUAACAAAUCUUUUACAACAUAAUUCUUUAUGCCAUAAGCUAACAUGUCAGGAGGUAAGCAGCUAGUUAGCCAGACAGGCUAACGACAGCUUAUGUGAGAUAAAACCAUUGUUUUAAUAAUCAUUAAUAAUCUUAAGUGGGUUUUUUUUUUGAGUUUGUGAAAGUAAUGAAACAUCAUCGUCGUCUCGCUCUGUGGAGUUUGUGUUCGCAGCCGUUUGAAAGUUGUGUCGAUGCGGAGACACAGUUCGCUGAGCUGCUGGACCGUCGCUGUUGCUCGAGGAUUUAAUAAAUACAUUUGACAUCCAGAGGAAAAAUGAACUUUCUGCAGCUUCCGUUUACAAAGUGUACAUGUCUCAUGUUGCUCCAGGCGUCAUUACAUUUCUAUUGCACUCGAUGAAACUGUGAACGAACAAAUUUGCAUCCUUUUGUUGACGAUGACGAUGAUGAUGAUUAUAUAUCAGUGGUUCUUCCUUGUUGUUGCAUGAUGCAAUAUGUUGAUCUACCUGUUUUUAUCUCUGCCUGUUUUCUAUCUCAAAGUGUGACACGAUGAGACGUUCAGGUUUCGGCCGAACGUUAAAAGAUUCUUCUGUUUACAAGUGUAAUUGUUCGUGAUGCACGACCGAAUGUACGAGUGUGAACGUUUCUAUACGAUGUCGUUGUUUUACGCGAAUCUCGUUGCUUUGCGGCUGUUCUCAAAUUUCUAUCAGGUGUUUUAUGUACAAUGAAAUGCAACAAAGUAAAUUUUGAGAUUCGACACAAGA